CGUUUAAUGGCGGAAUGAAUUAACAUAUGUAUGUGUGCAUGUGCACGUGUGUGCCCGGUCGCAUUAUUUUUCGACUUUUCCACAAUUUCGAAUGAUGUGACGAGUUUCCCACAGCUGGGUGAUUCCUUUUCAAGCUUGAGAUCAUUUUCCACGAUACUUCGCAGAUUCGAAAAUGAGCACGAUUCUGGAGAAGAUCGCCUCCAUCGAGGCCGAGAUGGCCCGUACCCAGAAGAACAAGGCUACUUCUGGACAUUUGGGUCUCUUGAAGGCGAAACUAGCCAAGCUCAGACGCGAGCUGAUCACUCCAAAGGGUGGUGGUGGAGGUGGUGCAGGGUUUGAGGUUGCCAAGACCGGUGAUGCUCGUAUUGGUUUUGUCGGCUUUCCAUCUGUUGGAAAAUCCACCCUGUUGAGUACACUCGCUGGUGUGUAUUCUGAGGUAGCAGAGUACGAGUUUACGACACUUACGACUGUUCCUGGUUGCAUAAAAUACAAAGGAGCAAAGAUACAACUGUUAGAUCUUCCAGGUAUUAUAGAAGGUGCAAAAGACGGUAAAGGACGUGGACGACAAGUUAUUGCUGUAGCGAGAACGUGCAGCUUAAUUUUCAUCGUUCUGGAUGUGCUCAAACCACUUGGGCACAAACGGCUGAUCGAGCAUGAAUUGGAAGGUUUCGGUUUGCGAUUGAACAAACAACCACCAAACAUAACUUUCAAGAAGAAGGACAAGGGUGGUAUUAAUUUACAAACCAUGUGUCCACAAACUGAGCUUGAUUAUGAUACAGUGAAGAUGAUUUUGUCGGAAUACAAAAUCAGUAACGCAGAUAUUACAUUAAGAUACGACGCCACCUCUGACGACCUGAUCGACGUUAUAGAAGGGAAUCGUGUUUAUGUUCCUUGCAUUUAUCUCUUAAAUAAAAUAGAUCAAAUAAGUAUAGAAGAACUGGAUGUUAUUUAUAAAAUUCCACACUGUGUACCUAUCUCAGCUCAUCAUAAAUGGAACUUUGAUGACCUGUUAGAGAAGAUGUGGGAUUAUUUGCAACUUGUUAGGAUUUAUACUAAGCCAAAAGGACAACUUCCAGACUAUAAUGCACCUGUAGUAUUAAAUACUGAAAAGCGAACCGUUGAAGACUUUUGUAAUAAACUUCAUAGAUCGAUCGCGAAAGAAUUUAAAUAUGCAUUGGUGUGGGGUUCGUCAGUGAAACACCAACCACAGAAAGUAGGGAAGGAUCAUCUUCUUUGUGAUGAAGAUGUUGUGCAAAUUGUGAAAAAAGUGUGAUUUGUUUUCUUAUAAACAUUAUUUAGCAGUGGGUAAAUAAAAAUUUAAUCAAUGAGAUUAAUAUCAGAUUUGUAAAAAGAUUACAGUUUAAUAAAUUAUAUAUGAUUGAUAUAUUAUAUAUAUAUAUAU